GUGUUUCUUGUGUUUUUGCUGGUAUUUGUCUUUAGGGGGAGGAGGUUCGUUAUUCAAGUUGAGUGUUUGCAUGAAUCUUGUCAACAAACUCAGAGAGUUGUAUUUGCGAGUGUGGCCAGAUGGACGUUUCUUGACAGAAGCAUUCACACUUCGAGGAAAGCGAGCUGAGUCUCAUAAGGUGGAGUAAAUGUCAUCUGAGCUGUGACCCCGCUGGAUUCUUCCAGAACGGACUUUUUGUUUUGAAGUGAGGCCAUGAGUGCUGUCAACAUCACCAGAGAAAUCCUACACAGGCAGAUCAGGGACAAGAGAGCGUCUGGAUUUCAAAGGUUCUACCAUGUGACUGACCCUUUCAUUAAGAGACUUGGGCUGGAAGCUGAGCUUCAGGGCCAUACCGGCUGUGUGAACUGUUUGGAAUGGAACGAAAAUGGAGAUCUGCUGGCUUCGGGUUCAGACGACCAACAUGCUAUCAUUUGGGAUCCAUUCAAACACAAGAAGCUUACGACUAUGCACACAGGUCACGCUGCUAAUAUAUUCUCUGUGAAGUUCCUGCCACACUCUGGGGACAGGAUCCUGAUAACGGGUGCAGCCGACACCAAGGUCCACGUACAUGACCUGACGGUGAAGGAAACCAUCCACAUGUUUUCAGAUCAUACCAACAGAGUUAAACGCAUUGCCACCGCCCCCAUGUGGCCCAACACCUUCUGGAGUGCUGCAGAGGACGGCAUCAUCAGACAGUACGACCUGCGGGAGAACAGUAAGCACUCUGAGGUGCUGAUCGACCUGACGGAGUUCUGCGGUCAGCUAGUCGAGGCUAAGUGUCUAGCAGUCAACCCGCGGGAUAAUAACUACCUGGCUGUGGGAGCUAACGGCCCCUAUGUCCGCCUCUAUGACAUCAGGAUGAUUCACAACUACAGAAAAUCACUGAGUCAGAGCACGUCGGCUGCUGUGCACACCUUCUGUGAACGGCAGAAGCCCAUCCCAGAUGGAGCAGGGCAGUAUUAUGUAGCAGGGCACCUGCCCGUGAAGCUGAGAGACUACAACAACCGCCUGAGGGUCCUGGUGGCCACGUACGUGACCUUCAGUCCAGAUGGCACCGAGCUGCUGGUGAACAUGGGCGGGGAGCAGGUGUAUCUGUUUGACUUAACAUUCAAGCAAAGACCGUAUACCUUCUUCCUUCCUAAAAAAUGCUCGCCGCCAACAGGAGAUGUGCAGAAUGGGAAGACGACAAACGGCAUCUCCAAUGGAGUUCAUUUGCCAGCCAGCUAUAUUUGUUUUACUGGAAGCAAAGUACACUCGAGUUCUACUGAGCUUCCUCCUCACUUGGAGGUGAUGAAGCAACAAGCUAACGACGCGUUUGCACGCCAGCAGUGGACACAGGCCAUCCAGCUGUACAGUUUAAGCAUUCAUCAGGCCAGCAGCAACGCCAUGCUUUAUGGAAACCGCGCGGCAGCCUACAUGAAACGCAAGUGGGAUGGAGACCAUUACGACGCCCUGAGGGACUGUGUGAAGGCUCUCACACUGAACCCGGGGCAUCUGAAAGCACAUUUCAGGCUGGCGCGCUGUCUGUUUGAGCUGAAGUAUGUGUCUGAGGCCCUCGAGUGUCUAGAUGACUUCAAAGGAAAGUUUCCAGAACAGGCUCACAGCAGUGCCUGCGAUGGCUUGGAGAAAGACAUCAAGGCUGCACUUUUCUCCAAAUCAGAAUCAGCAGAGGACAAGAAGGGAAACAGCUCCAUCAGGUUCCAUUCGUUCAGUCGGAAAGAGUCCAUCCCCGAGGACGAGGUCUGGUUGAGGGAGUGCAGUUUUGACUACAAGCACCGAUACUGUGGCCACUGCAACACCACCACCGACAUCAAGGAGGCCAACUUCUUUGGGAGCCAAGGCCAGUACAUUGUGAGCGGCUCUGACGACGGCUCUUUCUUCAUCUGGGAAAAGGAGACGGCUAAUCUGGUGAGGAUCCUUCAGGGGGAUGAGUCAAUAGUUAACUGCUUACAGCCACACCCCAGCUACUGCUUCCUGGCUACCAGUGGGAUUGACCCCGUGGUUCGGCUAUGGAACCCCAGACCGGAGACCGAUGGUGAGAACGGGCGAGUAGUGGAGGACAUGGAGGGAGCUGCUCAGGCUAACCAGCGGCGUAUGAACGCUGACCCACUGGAGGUAAUGCUGCUAAACAUGGGCUAUCGCAUCACGGGCCUGCGUGGGGUCGGCCCAGAUGGUUCUGAUGAUGAAGACAGCUCAGAGGGACAAGUACAGUGCAGGCCGAGCUAAGCGGACAGUCUUCCAUUCUGUAGACUGGCUCCAGGGCGUGAAGCACCCCCCUGCUCCUGUGUGACCCCCCCACCCCAGGCUGAACACUGAGUGAAUGUCACGCCACACUAUGUCACACUAUGCAUCACCCACCUGAGUACAGAUCUGCUGGAGAUGGUUUUUGGAGGAUGGAGGAGGGUAGAGAUGACGCCCUUCUCCCCUUUUUUCCAAAGCACCAACAGCACCUCCGCCUGUCCCCUCCCCGCGGCGGCACGGAGAGCACCUCCCACGUCACUGCCCAGGGUCUCACAUAGGAGGAGGAGUCCAAUUUAAACUGCUAUUUUGGAGGUGUUGGACAGUCAGGUGACCUAUUUUCAGGCCAGCAUGUCCACGUCGAGCGAGACCAGAGGACGGAGCUGCAUCUGCGGUCUGAGCAAACGCCGCAGCAACCGAGUCCCGAGUUUUCCGUUUUUUCACAGGAAGCCGAGCGCCAAUCGUAACUUUUCUCUUCAUAUUCACGAGCCUUGUUUAAUUUAGCCUGUCUAGGGAAAAGAGUUUAUUUUCUGCCAAAGGUUGGCAUCUACGAUUUAAACAGCCAAGGAUUAACGUUUGGUUUCUACUUUUCAGUCACGCCGUUUUUAGAGUCUGAAUUAUGGGCUGGUUGUUUACACAUCAACAAAACCUAAGUAGGAACCACUUGUAACAAAUCUUUUGUCCCACUUUCUUUGCACAUGCUUGUUUGUGAUGAAACGCUAAACUUUUCGGAGAAUAAGUGGGACACAGAUGAUCGUUUGUGCAACAUUAUAACUGGUUGUGAAGUAUUUGGAGGCUGUAGGGUUCCCAGCUGCAUGGCUCCUACAUUAGUCCUCCGCUGCAGGAGGUUCCUCUGAACAAAGCUGUGUGUGUGUGUGUGGGGGGGGGGGGUGUAACAGGCGUCAGAAGAAGAGCUAAUUAUUAUUAUUAAUUUAAAUGAAAUCCAACUUUAUGAAUUGGCUCUUAGCAACAUGAAUCCAGAGGCUUCCAUGUUUUACUUUGUUCAUAUAAAGGUGUCUAUUUUGUUCUCUAAGGAAUCAUGUCGUCUUUGAUGCAAACAAUAAUAAAAACACUGAAUACCUUG